CAGUAUCCCGCCGUACAGUGCGGUUGCGCCGUGCAGGCUACGUGCCGCCAUGUCGGUGCUUUAACGCCGGGGCCGCUCGCCCCCACCGCGGCCUGGACCCAUAUCGUUCCCCAUAUCGAGGGGUCACUAUGUUGUGGUGCUGGCUCGACCACACACAUCACGGUGUCUGAUUUGCCCCUCCCGCUGGUUUCUCCGCCACCCAGACCGCCACGAUGAGGUCGGACUGACAUGGAAUACAAUGAAAAGCUCGCACGGUUUCGACAAGGUCAUCUCAAUCCCUUCAAUAAAGAUCCAAGUGAAAAAUUGACGGAAGGUGAUGAGGACGAACAUGAUCUCUCCAUAAAAGAACUGCAUAUAGAUUCCUUGUGUAGAAAGGCUAAUGAACAUGCAGACAGAGUUAUGGAUCUUGGCUUGGCAGAGGAUCAUUUCUCAAAACCAGUGGGAUCGUUUGUGGCAUUUGAUAUUGAAAAUCUAAAGCGUGCAAUUGAUGAAGUGAAGCAAGUUAUCUUAGACUUGCCUGAACAUUCUGAGAAGCAGAAAGAUGCUGUUGUAAAACUUAUUCACCUUCGGCUUAAACUACAAGAAUUGAAGGACCCCGAUGAGGAUGAGCCAAAUAUUCAAAUUCUGCUUGAGCACCGUUUCUACAAGGAGAAAAGCAAAAGUGUCAAACAGUUCUGUGACAAGUGUAGCACCAUUAUAUGGGGCUUGCUUCAAACCUGGUAUAUCUGCACAGGUUGUUACUACCGCUGCCAUAGUAAAUGCUUGAACCAAAUUACCAAAGCUUGUGUAAGGUCAAAGGUUAGCCACCAGUCUGAAUUUGAACUAAGCAUUUGCCCAGAAGUGGGACUGGACAGACAAGAUUACCGGUGUGCAGACUGUCGACAGCCAAUAUCCCUUCGCGGUGUGCCUACUGAAGCACGGAGGUGUGACUAUACGGGCCAAUAUUACUGCAGCAGCUGCCACUGGAAUGAUGUAGCAGUCAUUCCUGCACGUGUCAUACACAAUUGGGACUUUGAAGCACAUAAGGUGUGUCGAUAUAGUAUGAGGUAUCUCACACUGAUGAUAUCUCGGCCAGUACUGAAACUUCGAGAAAUUAAUCCGCUUCUCUUUAAUUAUGUGGAAGAACUGGUGGAAAUUCGGAAACUCCGACAAGAUAUUUUGUUAAUGAAGCCAUACUUCAUCACUUGUAAGGAGGCAAUGGAGGCAAGACUCUUGUUGCAGUUACAGGAUCGGCAGCACUUUGUGGAAAACGAUGAAAUGUAUUCUUUACAGGAUUUAAUUGACAUUGCCACAGGGCGCUUGAGCUGCACUUUAACUGAAACCCACACCAUCUUUGCUAAGCACAUCAAACUGGAUUGUGAGCGAUGUCAGGCUAAAGGUUUUGUCUGCGAGUUGUGCAAAGAGGGAGAUGUACUUUUUCCAUUUGACAGCCAUACAUCUGUGUGCCAGGAUUGUUCUGCUGUAUUCCACAGAGAUUGUUAUUAUGACAACUCUACAACAUGUCCAAGAUGUCCACGGCUGACAAUGAGAAGACAGUCUCAAAUAGGACAAACUCAUCCAGACUGAAACCAGAUCGAAGUGAAGAAUUAUCAAGCUGAGUUUAGUGUGUGUUGAUUAUUUAAUUCCUGAUGGUUGACAAAACUGAAUUAUGUGGGAAUAUAAUGUAAAUAUUAACCGUGGAGUACAAGUCAACCAGUGACCUAUUAAAAUGUAUUCAGACUUAGAUUAAGUGACUACAAGAAGGUUAAAAAUAACUGGAUUUUUAAACUGAUAAUAAAAACAGUUAAUGUAUGGUCAUAAAGACAAAUUUCUGUAAGUCCAAAUAAUUGUUGCAUAAAUAAUAGGUGAACUGUAGAAAAGUGUGCACCUAGAUCUUCUAAUCUAGAUGAUCUGUAUAAUCCAACAGCUGUAAUACUGAGGUUUGCAAUUUUAUAUACACUUCCUCCAGAGCACUUUCUUUUUAAGCAUAGUUUGUUUUUGUAGUUGCAUAUAGUCUGUAAUAUUCACAAUUUAGGUGGAUCAUAAGAACUGUAUUCUCACCAUUACAGGUUUAAGUAAAAGAAAGCUCAAAUAAGUAUCAAUUUGUAAAAUGGUUGAGCAGAAAUCAAAAUGUUAAUGCAGCCAUUUGUUUCUAUUUCCUGCUCACUGGCAUUGGUGCAAUAAUUGACAAAGGAGAAAAUGCUAUUCUAUAAUAGCUAGAGAUCUUCUAAGUCAAUCUGCAAGGUUUGUAAAUCAUAACUUUAAAUUGGCAAAUAGUUGUAGAUCUGGGCCAAUAACUUUAAGAUUAGUUUAAAUUGGAGAAGCUUGAAACGCUACCGUGUAAAAGAUCGUGGUGCGUAAGAACAAAUAUAUGCACUAAGGCAGGAAUAUUUCCAGCCUUGUUUUGGAAUAGAGGAUUAAAAUGCCACGUGAUAAAUGCAGACUAAAUUUAUGAAUCUGAUCAUUGUCAUGCUAUUCUGAAGACUCAUUUUUAUUAAUUUGCAUAUUUGAAGAACAGAAACCCCAUUGCAGUACCUGUACAAAGAAUCUUCAAACCAAGCAAUGAAGGAUGAGUAUGUUAGGGCAUUUUCUUAGAAAAUUAUUUUAAGAUGAAGCAUCUAGUUGUUGGUGAUAGUUCCCGCUUUCCAUAAUGUCUUGAUCAGUCUUUGAAUAGUGUAGAUCUGACGGGCCCAGACACGUCAGUGUGGUAUAAAAUAUUUAUUCUUUGGUUUGCUACAUUCAUUGUGAAAUUAAUAAAUGGAUUUUAAGUAAACUUGCUACAAAUAGCCCAAUCAUCUUGUUAAACCAAAUUUAGUUACAUUGUUGGAUCUGUUGCACUUUUUGUGGAAAGGUUUUAAAUUCCUGGUGGAAUUUGCAAACUUGUUACAUGACUACCAUAUUGAAUACAGUUCAAUGUUCAUAAUUUGUCUUUGAAAAUGUGAUCUGUGAUCCGUUUUUUCACAUCAAGCAACUGGAAUUUGAAGCAACAGUUUCAAAUACUCUGAACAUUUACCCUUGUGGGGUAGUUUUAACCAGCAUUCUUUGUCCAGAGAUAAAUUAUCCAGUUCAAUAGGCAAGAUAGAUGCCAACAGAUAUAAAAGCUAACUUGGCAUAUUUAUGUUCUCAGGCAAUUUUCCAGUCUAUUCUAUGACUGGUCCAUUAUCGACUUUGACAAUCUGAUCUAGGUUGGAGUUUGAAAUAUGCUUAUUUUAAUAAUUUGAGAUAACACCUCAUUCCUUUUGAAGAGUUGAAUGACGAUACUUGGUAAUGAUGCAAUCUGUUUUAUUUAGAUAGUGUCUCUGAAAGAUGUAAUCAUUGAAAAGGAAGUAAACAAAAAGACAUGUUGAAUAGUAGAAUCAUAGAAAAGAUCAAAAAGAAUUAUAUUUGUCUCAUUGCAUAAAAUAACGUAAUCUGAUUUAUUGCUGAGACUUGGUGUUAUCAAAAGGGAGGAAAAUUCCUAAAUGUACUUAUUACAUUUGUCUUAAUGAGGUGCUGCUUUGCCCCAUUCCACUUUUUCCCCAUCUUUAUGAAUCCUGAAAUAAAAUAUGAUGGUUAAAAUAGUGGAGUCCUUUUCUCAAUUUAUUCGGCCACCACUACAAUUUCUUUUAAAUGCUGCUAAUUGAUGUUUUUCAAAUGCUGCAUUUUGAAAGCACCGAACUUUAAGUAAUGCACUUUUUGAAAAGUUUUACCUCCCUAAGUGUUACUUUUUGAAACACCUAAAUAUGUAUCAACUAUUUUGUGCACUUUUUUCUUGUAACAUAUGCUUCUUUAUUAUAACUUGGCAUUACACCAACCUGAUGGGUAAUCUUUGGCAGUUUCAAACAGUGAAAUGUUACGUUUUGUUCAGUGUAAAAUGUUCUGCCUUUUUCUUUAACCUUUUAUGCACUAGGCAGGAAAGAAAUGGGGAUUUUAUUUUCCCAUUUACACUAUCUGAUUUGUUUAGUGAUUCCAGCUUUAUAGUUCUAUGUAGGGUGUGCAGUACAUAAAGUUAUCUGUUGGGAGAACUCAAAAAAAAUCUCUGCUUAAUUCAACCCACAUUAUUUUAGGAAAUGAUGAUGGCUCUGGAAAUGUUUGUAAAUUGUCAGUGUAAACUAUCAAAAAUUGUAUAAUCUGAUAUCUAUGAUUAUUUAGUUUGCAUGUGCAUAAUUGAAGAAUGCCAUUAUGUACUCCCACAAGAUCAACUCUUUAAUUUAUUAAUAUGGUUCAUUAAUUACACUAAUCACUGCAUCUUGUAAUGUUAAGUUCAUAAAUGUAUUAUUUCAAACUUAAUUCUUUCAUAGAAACCCUGUCAAGAUUCUGUACUUUAAAGAUUUUACCAAAUCUGAAUAAAAGCUGAAACAUUUGAUCACAU